GAAACCUAUGUGCAUCUUAUCGUUGAUGAAGCAGCGUUUCAGUAAGGUACAAGCUAGGAAUUAAUUGCAAUUAGGUCAGCUUCAGUGGAGACUAUAUCAUAGUGCGGGACAAACAGGUUUAGCGCCCAGUUCCCCGCGCCGAUCGAAGCUAAAAGGGCACGUCGGCGCCGCCUCAUAACCGUUCCGUUUUCCACAUGUCCGGCUUUGCUGACCUACCUCGGCACGAACCCGUAAAAAAGCAGUAAGGACGGAAUGCAGCUGAAUGCCAGAUGCUCGUCAUUUUCAUACCCUUGCCAAAAUGACAACUUUCCUUUAUAAAGUUCGCGGCUGCCUGUCAAAAGUUACACUGCCUACGACGACGUGGUGCAGCCAUACUUAUUGAACAUCACGAUUUGAAAGUUAGCAUGAUGGUCGACUCUUCUUUUGUGAAGAUUGCAGCAGCAUGUUUGGCUGUGUUUGUGUUCGUCCACCAUGUCAUCUCCUUGAUACAAAGGCGCCGGUUUGCCAAAGCGCGGGGUUGCAAACCACCAACCAUGCUCCCACAAACGGAACGCAUUAUUGGCUAUAAAGUCUUCACGACGAUGGCAGCUGAUAUGAAAGCCCGGACGAUGCUCCCAACUUCGCUACAGCUUCAUAGAGAGCUAGGCAACACCUUUUCUUUAGUUCUUCUCAGCCAGCCGGCAAUAGUCACUAUUGAGCCCGAAAAUCUUAAGGCGGUUCUUGCCACGCAGUUCCAUGACUUUGGUAUUGGUAAGAGGCAUAGAGGAAUGGGGGCAUUGUUAGGCCAUGGCAUUUUCACCUCUGAUGGCGCGCAUUGGGAACGUUCACGCGCACUUGUCCGCCCCAGCUUUGCUAGGGUCCAUGUAGCUGACCUUGAAACCUUUGAAUCCCACAUUCAACAUUUGAUAGCCAAAAUCCCUAGAGACGGAUCCACCAUCGACUUGCAGCCGCUGUUUUACCAGCUUACCCUCGAUAGCGCCACCGAGUUUCUCCUGGGCGAGUCUGUCGAUGUUCUUCGCAGCCCUACUGGUUCCGAGCAGCAGCUCUUUGGUGAGGCCUUCGACUUUGCCCAAACGGAGUUGAAUCUUCGUCUAAGACUCGGCCCUUUCGUCUGGUUCUACCGCAACAGAAAAUUCGAUACUGCUUGUAUCCGUGUGCACAACUUCAUUGACAAAUUUGUUGCGAAGGCGCUUGAGUUCCGGCGAGAGAGUCAAGCGAGCGGGAAAACAAAUAAUGAGGAUGAGAAGCAGAAAGGAAAGUAUAUCUUCAUGAACGAGCUCGCUCUAGCUACAGAUGAUCCCAUUCAGAUCCGUUCUGAGAUUCUCAAUAUCCUGCUUGCUGGUAGAGAUACCACUGCCGGUCUACUCAGCAAUACUUUCCACGUCCUUGCUCGUCGCCCAGACGUCUGGGCCAAGCUGAAGCAUGAGGUUGAUCAGCUAGAAGGGAAGAGACCAGACUAUGAAACCUUGCGUAGUAUGAGAUAUCUGAAACAUGUCCUGAAUGAAUCUCUUCGUUUAUAUCCCUCAGUACCUCAGAAUAUCCGCUUUGCCAACAAAGACACAACCCUACCAGUGGGCGGUGGACCUGAUGGGACUGCCCCAAUAUUCGUGGCUAAGGGCCAGAUUAUAUCCUACAAUAUAUAUUCCAUGCAUCGGCGGAAGGACAUAUACGGAGAAGAUGCAGAUGAGUACAAGCCCGAGCGUUGGGAGAACCUACGGGUGGGCUGGGGCUAUCUACCAUUCAACGGCGGGCCUAGAAUCUGUGUCGGUCAGCAAUUUGCCUUGACGGAAGCAGGAUAUACGUUGGUGAGGUUGGUGCAAGAAUUUGAGAGAGUUGAGAACAGGGAUCCGGAGCCAUGGCUGGAGAACUUGCAUCUCACAUUGGGUUCGGGCAACGGAGUUCAUACUUCGUUGUUCCCUCGAUCAUAAGAGCUAUUUACUAUUCUAGCCGGUAGAUGUAAGAUUCUGGAUAUUAGUUUGAUGCAGGAGAUUGAUUAGGGUUAAAUUAAUCGUACGUCGAAUUCAAAUGUGC